CCCUGGGGAAGGGAAAAGGGAGCCGACAGGGUGGGAGCGCAGAGCAGUAAAGAGGGCGCCGGAGGGCCGAGAGGUGCAGUGCCUGGGCCACCUUCCAGCAGAGGGAGCAGCGUCCCGCGAGCCAACCGAGCCAACCGAGCCAACUUGCCCAGAGGCAGAGAAUCCUGCGGUUCUUCUCUCACAUUGAUUUCUGUUGCUAUGGAGACUACCAACGGGACUGAGACCUGGUAUGAGAGCCUGCAUGCUGUGCUAAAGGCUCUAAAUGCCACACUUCACAACAACUUGCUCUGCCGGCCAGGACCAGAGCUAAGACCAGGGCCAGACAAUCAGACUGAGCAGCAGCAGGCCAGCCUCUCUAGCCGUGAUGACAACUCCUACAUGUAUAUUCUCUUUGUCAUGUUCCUAUUUGCUGUCACCGUGGGCAGCCUCGUUCUGGGAUACACUCGCUCCCGAAAAGUGGACAAGCGCAGUGACCCUUAUCACGUGUACAUCAAGAACCGUGUGUCUAUGAUCUGAUGCAAGGUGGUAAGGGAUGGUAGAAGAUCAGCAGACUUGAACAUUGUCAGAUGGGGCCUCCAGAACUCUGCUAUGGAUCACAUCAGUCCUCAGGUUCUAAAAUCACCAAGAAACAGUGCUAAGGGAGGUCAUCAUUGACGUCGACCAACCUGGUGGGUAAGGCUCCUUACAGGCAAAGACAGACUACAACAGUGAGAGCCCAUGAACAAACACAUAGAAGUACAAAAAUAUAAUUACCAAUGACUGGUCCAGUGUCUAUGGUACUGGUAGUGGGGAUUGAAGAAAGAGAAGAGGACGUAGUCACAGAGGGAAAUGAAACAGGAAGAUACUUUGGGAACAAUUUUAUUUUUCUAACUUCAGCAACCAUGAGACUAUCCUAUAUCACAAACAGGAAUUCUGAAUAGUUAUUAUAUUAAUUCACAUUUUACAUUUUAAAAAACCUAUUUCAUAGUUGUGCUUUUAUCUUCCCUGCAAAGAAAGUAGUACAAGUGCCACAGGGCCCGUUUGGGCCAGGGUGGUACCAUGAUUUGAACUUAAGAGCUCUGAUAUCCUUGCCUAGAACUUUUCAAAACUCAAUGCUACACAAGUAUGAAUUCAAAGCUGAAGUUCACACAAUUCGAUGGAUUCUUUUUAAGAAAAACAUUCAUAAUUAUCUUACUUUUUCAAAUAUUACAAAAAUGUAUCACCACUUAAAAUUGUGGCUAAGGCCCUUCUGACGACUUCGAGAAGCUCAGACAAAUGUAGGGCCCUGAAUGUUAAGCCUUACUAACUCCAUGGCCUCUGUCUCUUGAGCCAUGCCACAGGGCCCUUCUCAGCUGCAUCUGCAGUCAUGAGGUUUUUCACUGCCUCCAAAGCAGCUUUUUCUUCUUUGAUUGAAUUCUGUGUGGAGUUAAAAUCUGCUUUGACAUUAUUAUUCUGUCUGGGUGAUUAUUAUAUUUAAAAGAUGCAGAGUACGAUAGGCAAGGUACAUGGUUCAGUAGGAGGAGAGCCAGCCCUGACUCUGAUGUGGUAUAUAACCUCAGGCAGGACACUUCUCUCUGGUCCUCUUUCUGUUUACACAAUGGAAUAGUUAGAACUGACUGUCUUCUUCCAGGGAGUCUAUCAGUUUUGAUAUUUACAUACAUUAACUGGAACGGUAAACUACUUUGUUUGUAGGUCAAAGAUAACGAAAUAGUUUCACAUGGUUCAACCUAAAGCAUGCAAUGAAUUCUUUACAAGUCAUUUUCCCAAAUCCAGGUCUAGAACCACCCACUGUUUUGUCUGUCUGAUUUCAUUUUAAGGGAUCUCUAUGGUGUUCACAGCAGGCCCCAUUGUAACAUACACAUUUGUAUAUAAACUCUGAAAGAAUAUUUUCUUUAGUAGUUAUCUCUGUGAAACAGGGUUAUGUGUGAUUUUCCCUUUCCACUUUAUACAUAUAUAAAAAAAUUUGACUUACCUGACCAUAAGUAUAUGCCUUGAAGCUACUUCCACUUUGAAAUAAAACAAAAAUAAACAUC